AUGCGUCAUCCUCUCCCACAGCCUCCUCUUCGCUCUGCAGCAGCCUCCAAUGAUCGAUCAUCUCGCUACCUCUCCCAUGUCCACAACCAUUGCCAUUACAAUAGCUCCUCAUCCUAUGCCUCAGCUUCACCCGAAUCCUUCGUCCCUGCCUCGCACUCCACCUCGCCGUACUAUUCCAGCUCGCACCCGAGUCCAGCUUCCACGAUCUCUUCCUCCGGUGCCGGAUCCAGCAGUCUCUGCACUCCACCUGACCUUUUAGUCAACGGCAGCAGCGCAGCAGCACUUCAGGUCCACAAUACAGCAGCCUCUUCUGCAAAGUCGUCGUCGUCAUCGUCAUCAUCAUCAUCGUCAUCAUCAUCUUCUUCUUCUUCUUCUUCACCGCACCAUCAUUUGGCAGUCAACUCUUGGAACGGCUUGGCCGUUAAACCCCGUUUUCCGAGUAGGAAUAUGAAUGCAGAGGAGAUCAAGAGGAGGAAAAGGUUGUUGUCCGAUUUGCCCAGCCUGCCGCUGCUCCAGUUGCCCAGUCCUCCACCAAGUCCCAAGUAUGUUGGCAGGAGUGAGAGGGGGGAAGAGCAAGAGUUGCAAGAUGCCGCGGGGUUGGCUAGGAAACGGGUUAGAGCUUCUCGUAGCCCCUCGCCUCCCAUCAUCGCCACUAUCGCAACAACCACACCUCGCAUCAUCGCCCGAACAGGCUCUCUUGCACCAUCAGCCUUGACCACCCUUGCAGCAUCCUACCGUACAGCAGCGCGCCAGCUGAAACACACUGCCGAUGCUCGCGCUUGCUCUCUCUCCUCCUCUCGCCCCUCAUACCUUGCUGCUCGACCAACGGAGCUUUCUGCGUUGCAACAACUAGACGCUGUUCUACUCUUCUGCUAUGCAUUCUGGCUGGACGACCUCGCAUCCUGCUCCUGCAUCGCCAAGAAUUGGAUCUCACUCUUCGGCUUGCUGCGAUAUGCGACAAAUGCGCAGAGUGACUUGGGAAACGAUGUACUGCUCGGCAUCUGUCGACUGAUCGAAAGUGCCGUAUUACGAAAGCUGCAUAGACAUGAUUCUUCUAUCCUCCUCCGCAAACUCUCCUCGUCCACAUCCCCUACGGAAAGGUUCAGGUUGGAUGAAAUGCAAAAGCUAAUCCAACAACAACACGCUCACCUCGAACGAUCAGAUCGCCUCGCAACUCAAUCCCGCACGCUCCUCUCCAUCCACAACCUCUCCACAUCCUAUCCAGACUUACUCCAAAAAGCUCUCUCAUCCACAAUCCCGAACAACCAUGCAGCUGCCAACAUGGUCGAUCCAAGCAAACAUCCAAACUGUAGCCACUUUGCUUUUCCUCUCGACCCACUGAGCCAAGUGCCACACUGGGUUGCUUUUGGUAGAUGUGCAGUCCGAGAACAUGCGCUUUUGAAAGAGGUCGAGUAUGAGUUGGUGCAAGUUGAUACUAGUUAG